AUGGCGGUUUCAAGUGCCACAAGCAUUGUGAAUAUUAAAGAGAAGGGACAUUUCGAACAUGAAAAAACCAGGAUUGAUAAAUAUACGUUGGCCGACGAGCUGCCAGCUCAACUAUCAGAGCUGGAACUCCGGCCACGUACUCGUACCAUGGCCCCUUCCUACAGCCUGUGCAAGUUGACGCCAGAGGAUAAAGAGCAAGUAAUUGACUUUUUAAGGAGAUUCUUCUUCCGCGAUGAACCAUUGAACCUCACAAUCAACUUAUUAGACACCCCGGAAUCCCGUUGCAUAGAACUGGAGGACUAUGCGUCAAGCACUCUAGAUGAUGGCGUAUCAGUAGCUGCUAUUGAUGAAAACGGAAAACUCGUGGGCGUUGUAGUGAACGGGAUCGUUAGAAGAGAUGAAAUAGACUACACAGACAAAUCAGAAGACUGCCCAAAUCCGAAAUUCCGACGGAUUCUCAAACUCCUGGGUCACUUGGAUCGCGAAGCCAGGAUUUGGGACAAGCUGCCACAGAGCUGUCAGUCGGUACUGGAAAUUAGGCUGGCGUCAACCCACUCUGACUGGAGAGGACGAGGACUCAUGAGAGCCAUGUGUGAAGAGUCAGAACGAAUAGCCCGAGAGAUGGGCGCAGGUGCUGUACGGAUGGACACUACAUCUGCAUUUUCUGCCCUCGCCGCAGAAAGAUUGAACUACAAGAAAGUAUAUGGACUGUUUUAUUCGGACGUGCCCUACGCGCCUCACCCAGAUCCCCCCCACCUUGAAGCUAGAGUCUAUUUGAAGAACUGGUUAUCUUUAAAGAAAGAAUCUACACUUGAAAUAGCGUGUAAACGAUCAGGUCAGAUCAUCCGUCCA